AUGGCGGGAAAACGAAUCACCUUACGCGUACGGAGCCGCGACGGCCUGGAGCGGGUCCAGCUGGACGAAUCAGAGGCCACCGUUUCCGGCCUCCGCGCGCAAAUCUCGCAGCAGCUCGCGAUCCCAUUGGCCGAUCUGAUCCUCUCUACGGACCAAUCGCUUCUCCUUUCAGCCGACCCGGAGAAGUUUAAAGACUUAGCGGAUCCAUCCGUGUCGCUAGAGUCGCUAGGUAUAGGCCAUGGAAGCAUAGUAUUCGCGAAAUACAGUGCUUCACGAACCGUCGCAGGGCCGCCUGUGCCUGUCGUUCCCGCGGGGUCGUUCGGGCGACACAUGACGGUGAGCGACAUGGUCGCGCGACAGAUGCGAAUCGAGCGACAGGAGACGUCGCACUGCCAGCAGGUGUCGUUCGAUCGCGACGCUGCGAAUGUGUUUCAGCAUUACGUGCACGACAGCCUGGCGUUUUCCAUCAAGAGAGGCGGUUUUCUGUUCGGGGAGGUGCGGGAGGAUGGGCACGUGCUGGUGGAUUUCAUAUACGAGCCGCCUCAGCACGGCACAGAGCACACGCUGCAGAUCUUCCCGAACGAAGAGGAUCAACAAGCUCAGGAGCACUCCUUAACUCUCUCUGCCUCCGACCUCCUCCUUUCGGCUAGGCUUCACUGCGCCACUGCUAGGGAGAGCAGCGGGGAAAAGGCGGCAGGGGAGGGGGAGGAGAGCGCUGGGGGGACAGGGAAUGCGGGUGCGCAGGCAGGGGGGAGGGGGAACGGGGACGGUGCGGCAGGAGGGGAGGGAGAGAAGAAAGGCGGGGAGGAGGUAGGGGAGCCGUUUAAGUAUUUUGCGGUAGUGCUGGUGAAACUUUUAGUGGAUGAGGAGGGGGAUGGAGGCGGGGACGUGCAUUUUGAAGCCUUUCAACUAAGCGAUCAGUGCUUGAAGCUGUACCGGGAAGGGUGGGAUACAUACGAGGUGGAUAACGACUUCUUCCUUAUGCCUAUUAAGAUCGUGGACCACCAGGGCCCGCUCACAACAUCUUUCCCAGUGGAGAAUCGGGUGAUCCUCCCCACUCAGGACGACCUGAAGCAGCAUUUGGACCGCACUCGCUCCAAGCCAUGGGCCGACCGCCUUGCCGACUUUCACCUGCUGCUCUACCUCAGCAACUUCCUGGAUGCUUCCACAGACAUGCCUAUGCUUGCACAGGCAGUUCGCACCAAGGAGCCCAUUAGUGAGGGCCACCAGCUGAUUAUCGAGCACUUGGCUUAA